AUGGAGGAGAUGGCCAAGGAGGCCACAGAGUCACCUGAAGCAGUUAUCAUAGGGCUGUGCCAGGACGUGUUCUCCAAAAUGGCCAUGUACCUGACAGGUGAGCUGAUAGCCACCAGUGAAGAAUAUAAAUUUCUGGAAAAUAUGAACAAACUGACUAGCUUGAAAUACCUAGAAAUGGAAGAUAUUGCAGUAAACAUAAGUAGAAACCUAAAAGAUUUAAACCAGAAAUAUGCAGCACUUCAGCCUUAUGUGGAUCAGAUCACUUUUAUCAAGGAGCAAGUAGCAGCUCUUGAGCAGGCAGCUUACAAGUUGGAUGGAUAUUCAAAGAAACUAGAAGGGAAAUACAAAAAGUUAGAAAGGUGA